AUUACUAGUUGGGAAAUGGGUAUCUGCAUCUCCAAAGCAUCUUCUGAGAUUCAUGAUGCAGAUUAUGGGCAUGAAAAUGUGGUCCACUUUGGGGACUGUAAUGGAGUUGAAGUAAUUGCUUCUGCUUUCUCUCAUCCAGGAAGUAAAGGAAUCAAUCAAGAUGCUGCAAUUCUGUAUCAGGGGUAUGGAGUUGAGAGUGGGGAUUUUUGUGGAGUUUUUGAUGGGCAUGGGAAGAAUGGUCACUAUGUGAGCAAGCUAGUGAGAAACAAUUUGCCAUCUCUGCUCCUCAAUCAAGCAAAAUUUCUGCCAAAAAUUUCUAACAAACUGGGUGAUGAUGAUACAACACAGAAUAAGAGUUUCCUUAAAUGGAAAGAGGGUUGUGUAAGUGCCUUUAAGUUGAUGGACAAACAAAUUAAACAGCAUGAGAAGCUGGACUGUUGUACCAGUGGAACCACUGCUGUGAUUGCCAUCAGACAGGAUGAAGAUCUUGUGGUUGCUAAUCUAGGCGAUUCGCGGGCAGUUCUUGGAAGAAAAACAGAUAAUGGAGUCAAAGCUAUUCAGUUAACAACUGAUCUUAAGCCUUCUGUGCCCUGUGAAGCUGAAAGAAUAAGGAAGUGUAAUGGGAGGGUGAUAGCCUUAAAGGAAGAGCCUCACAUCCAGAGAGUAUGGUUGCCAAAUGAAGACACACCAGGCCUAGCCAUGUCACGAGCUUUCGGGGAUUUCUUGCUCAAAUACCAUGGCAUAAUCUCCACGCCAGAGGUCUCCUACCACAAUCUAUCUCCCAAUGAUCACUUCCUUGUCCUUGCAACGGAUGGGGUGUGGGAUGUGCUGAGCAAUGAUGAGGUUAUGUCAAUAGUGUGUUCAGCGUAUGAAUACGGGGAAGAAAUGGCGGCGAAAGCGGUGGUGAAGGCUGCCGUUGAUGCAUGGAAGCGGAGGUUUCCCAACUCUAGGAGGGAUGACUGCACUGCCAUCUGCCUUUUCUUGCAAAAAUAGUCUUUUUUUCUUUUUUGAAAUACUAAAGUAGAUAUUAAGAGAUGUUUGGUCCAAGUUAUACAACAUAAUCAAGGGAAUGUGACAUUUCAAAA